AGCACCGUUGCGGCCCCGUAACCUACAUUUUCGUGGGAGCUCCAUGAUGCGCUCUCCGAUAGACUUGGUCAGUUCUAGAGGCUAAAGCUGCGGACAAUGGCGGUACCAUUACCUCCGUGCGGAACUUGGAUUAUUCGCCCAUCGUGUGAAAGUGUUGCUGGGACAUUUUGUACCGCGAGCCCGCGAAUGCUGAUGGUCUCGGUUGUCGCUUCUCCUUUGCAGAGUUUCUAGGCCGUCAAUUCCAACAUAUUGAUACUAAUUGAUACCACUUGACUCUUCAAGCGGAGAUCAUGCCAUUGUCCUUUGAAGUAUGUUCCUGUCUCAGACCGCCUGUUCCUGGCCAUGUAUCUGUAUCUUGUCGGAUGCGGCCCUUGCUGGUGGGUGAGGUCUCAAGCGGUGUGGCUCGAGCACCUUGGGUGCUUACAAACCAGUCUAUCACUUUGAAAGAGCGCAGUAUUUCUCGAGUGGACUCAGACUUCAAUUCUGACGGGCUAAAAUCGCUGAAAACCCGUGGAGAGCUUCGAAACUUGGAUCACUUGCGCCGACCAGAUGGUGAAACCAUCAUGGAUCAUGUUUUCGGCGAGGAAGCUUCCACACAACAGGUCUACGAAGAGGCCUUCAAGAGCAUCGUUUUCGGGGCCGCAGAGGGCAUGAAUGGUGCAAUCCUUGCUUAUGGGCAAACUGCGAGUGGAAAGACUUUUUCCAUCAGCGGCUCCACCGCUGUAAGUUACGAUGGAGAACCCAACAAGGGGAUCAUCCAUUUUGCACUGGACGAUUUGUUUGGGCAGCUCACCAAGAAGGCUGAAGAAGGAAAGGGAAUGGAGUAUUUGGUGCGAAUGUCCUAUUGUGAGUUAUACAUGGAGCGUGUCAAUGACUUGCUGAGAAAGAUUGGCCCGCAAAGCCAGAACCUAGUGGUAAAAGAGGAUCCGGAAGGUCGUGGUUUCUAUGCAGAUGGUCUGAAAGAGAAGAUCGUGUCUUCCGCUGAAGAGGUCCUGAUGCUUUUUGCAGAAGCCGAGAAACGAAGAAGAGUGGCACAUACAAGGUACAAUGAGGUGUCGUCCAGAUCUCACACACUCCUCACUCUUUGUGUUGAAUGCUCAGUGCCUCUUGAGGAUGUGACUGAUGAUGAUGAUGAUGAUGAUGGGCAGUCCGUGACGAGAAUUGGACGGUUGGUCAUUGUGGACUUAGCAGGAAAUGAGCGAUUGGAGGCCGGCACAGAAUAUGUUGCAGAAUCCAGCAGCAUCAACAAGUCGCUCUUUUUCUUGGGCAAGGUCAUUGAAAAGCUUGCUGCGAGAGACAAGAGGACUUCAGUUGCUCCAGAGGAUGGCGAGCACAUCCCGUUUCGAGAUUCCAAGCUUACCCGCUUGCUUUCGGUCCACCUCAAUGGAAACUCUCAGACUGGCUUGUUGGUGACAUUGACCCCAUCAGAAGAUGCCGUUGAGCAAAGCCUCACAACUCUACGCUUCGCGCAAAAGGCUGCCGAAGUCCGCUGCGUGGCAAAGCCUGUCCUCAUCAGCAAGGAGCAAUCCCUAAUCGUGAAGCAGAGGGAGAUCAUCAGCCAAUUGCACAACCAGGUGCGAAGUUUGCAGGAAGAAGUGCAGAGGUCCACGAUGCAACGUACGAAUGAGGAAGAGUUGGCAGCUGAACGAGAACAGUGUGCUCAACAGCUCCAGGCGUUGGUGCUCAGCUCAUCCAAGCAUGGUCAAAGCUUCAUUUCCAAGAGCCGAGAGGUCGACACCGUGGUCACUGCCCUGCACCGGAACAUGGACGUGCUGAAGAAGCAGAAGGCUACUGUGGUGGAGAGCAUGAAGGGUCUCUACCAGACGAUUCAUGGCAUCACGGCCGCUGUGGCACAAGCUUCCGAGGUUCUCAGUGCAACAGGCGACUCGGAGGUUGCCAAAGAACUCUUGCGCAGCGCCUGUCCACUGGAGGAAAGUGGCAAAGAAAACCAAAAUGUUUGGGUUCCAGCAAUUCUUGAACUCAGGGAGAAAUUGGAACUGCUGGUUGAUGCUGGUCGUUCCAGAUGACUUACAAAAGGAGGAGAAGCUGCAGAACACUUGGUGCAAGAUGUGCCUGAAGAAAGGCAUUUGAUUCAUUUGAUGUUGGACAAGCUGGAGAGACCAAGAUAGAUCAUUCGAAGGCAGGAUGCCACGACAGAUGAGUUUGGACUACUCCCUGACAUCAGUGCAGCAAGGAGCUUCAAGGACGUAUGGGGCAAAGUCAACCGAUCCAGAGAUGUGGACAGCUGAGAAGGCUUGGCUCUCUGAGAUGUGAAAGCUGCCACACUGCAGCCAAUUGAAGCGAGUGCCGACGUUGGAACUCUAGCUCUGGAUAUGACGCCUGUUAAAUCGUUGCGACUGCCAUAAAAUGUCCGCAGUUGUUUACAUUUCCAUUUCAAGAUCAGAAUUUGUUUGUAAGACAAGCUUCUUUAAGCAUCUCAACCAAAGUUGUUGUUUUGUUCAACGUUUUGUGAAAGAGGAGUGGAAUGCCUUGCGAUAUG